GACCGAGCUUUCAAGAUGCAGAGCGCUCAUUCUGUCUCCAACUUAAGCGGGCCACGCUACGUGUGCAUGAUCCCCGAGGGAGGGUUUGCAGUGAGUGAAGAAUGUGGCGAAGUCAAGCUCUUCGACAGUGGCCACAAGUUGGUUUCCUCCAUCAGCAGCAAAUACGGACACCAGUUUGGCAACCCUGCUGGGAUCUGUGCCGAUAAGGAAGGCAAUAUUAUAGUUGCCGACGAACAGCGUCAGAAAGUACAUCUGUUUCCGAAGAACGGUUCUCCAAUCUGUCUGGUGUCUAAAGGUCUUCUGAGACCGACAGGCGUUGCCUGUUCCACCGAGGGGUCCCUUUUGGUCACUGAUAGUGGGGACAACGAUGUCAAAGUCUUCAGAUAUCGUGUGAGGCCCAGUUACAAUCCUGACAUUAUACCGGGGGACAAUCCAAAUUAUUCACCUCGAGGGAAGGCAGGAUAGGAUCCUCCACUGUCCUCUACACA